GCGCGACGGGAAUUGGCGCGCAGGAGGCAGGAUCUUUCGCACGCGGGGCGGAUUGCAUGAAGAUGUGGCCCUGGAUGCGGGACCUUCCCAGCCACAUCUGGGCUGGCCGCGGCUGGGCCUACGAUGAGAGCGGCCCACACCGCUUGCCCUCCGCGGGUGGUGCAGGCGCCAUGCAAGGCGUCCAGGUCUUGGAGUCUAUUGGCAAGGGUGGGCAACCAGCUGCUCCGGACCAGCUGGGCCAGGCUACGAGUUUGCUGCCAGCUGGCUCAAGCCAAGGCGUGAAGCCUGCGCGUAUGCUGUCCAAGCAGCAGGCCAAGCAGAGCGGA